AGCGAGGCCUUGCAUGGGGGCGUGCGCCCCUGGGACAGGAGCUGCCCUGGGGCCGGGUGCUGUGCCCAGCCCAGCCCAGCCAGCCAGCGCUGCCCGGGAGCCGGCUCGGCCCGAGCCCGACCUGACGGUGUUGGUUUUCCCCUGCAGCCCGUGCACUCGGCCUCGCCCUCCGCGCACCAUGAAGGUCAAGGUGAUCUCGAUCUUGGAAGAUAACUACAUGUACCUGGUCAUUGAGGAAAGCACCAAGGAGGCGGUCGCCGUGGACGCUGCCGUUCCCAAGAGGUUGCUGGAAAUCAUCAGGAAGGAAGGCGUAGCCCUGAAGGCCAUUCUGACCACCCAUCACCACUGGGACCAUGCCCGAGGGAACGAGGAGCUGGCGAAGCUGUAUCCAGACCUGCGUGUAUAUGGCGCUGACGAGCGGAUCGGGGCCUUGACAAACAAGGUGGCUCACAACGAGGUGUUAAAGUUUGGAGACAUUAAUGUGAGAUGCCUCUUCACCCCCUGCCAUACAUCGGGACACACGUGCUACUUCAUGUGGGAAGAUAACUCCCCGGAUGCGCCGGCGCUGUUCUCAGGUGACACCUUGUUCGUGGGCGGCUGCGGGCGGUUCUUCGAAGGGACGGCCGAGCAGAUGUACAAAAACCUGAUGGAUGUCCUGGCGGCUUUGCCGAAGGAGACGAAGGUGUUUUGCGGGCACGAAUACGCCGUCCGAAACCUCAAGUUCGCCUCGAAGGUGGAGCCAGAGAACGAAAACGUGAAGAAGAAACUCGCGUGGGCCAAACUCCGCGAUGACGAGGACCUGCCCACGGUGCCCUCCACGCUGCAGGAGGAGUUCCAGUACAACCCCUUCCUGCGGGUCUCAAGCCGUGCAGAAGUUCACGGGCAAGACGGAUCCGGUGGACGUGCUGCGCGCUCUCCGCACGGAAAAGGACAACUUCAAGAAGCCCAAAGAGCGGCUGAACCCCCAGGCCAUGCUGGCCUUCGAAUGGGGGCUCUUCAGCCCCUUCCUGGAGAAGAAGUGAAACGCCGCUGGGUUGCUCCCGUCAUUUCACUCGAGAGCCACUGGAACGUAGGGUCCGUGCUGUCGAGAGGCAGUGCCCUAUGGGAGGGAGUUCCCUGCGGCGUGUUGCAAAGGGUUGCGUCCUGUUUAGAUCGACAUGAAUCGGACACGUGGGGCUUCCCUGCACAAGGGUGCUGGUCCCCGUUACUCGGUCCAAGUCUUUGUGUUGAUCCAUUUCCCCCCAAACUGUAACUGCUUCUCUUAGCCCUGCCUUUUAGGCGAGUGCUUUAAAAACUAGCUGCAUUUUAGUAGACUGUGGGUUUGUAGGACAUGGGACGAAUCGUACGUAGACGUACGUGGGUGUAUUUAGGGUUGUGAUGGGCCAGUUUUUCAUAAGGCUUAAGUGUCCUGUUGCUACCCAGCUUCUGAAGGGCAUUUUGAAUCUAAUCCUCCAAGCGAUCAUCGGGGCAAGGAAGACUGCAUGGAGCCAGGCUGGCCGGUGGAUGGAUGCAGCAUUGGAAAAAUCAGUUCUGCUUAGUACUAAGUUACCUUUAUCCUUUUCUUUCUAAAGUGCUUUUUCCAACCUGAUUCGAGGCUCGGAAGUGCUGCGUCGGCAGCUUGCUGCUUUCUCAGCAUUAAGGGAAGAUGCAGUUGUCUUCAGGACAGUAAAGCGUGAUCAAAGUGACCGUUAUUGGAUUGUAAGGCGAUGGCUGCUUGUAGAUGAAGAGGAGGAUAAAACAGGUUUGGCCCUUUGAGUGUAGUAGGCAGUAAAUAGGAGGGAUAGGCAAGACUUCAAAGUGUGCCUUUUAACCAGAAAAAGCAAAAUCCAGCAGAGAGGUUAUUAGGAUGAGUGCUUUGAAAAGGAGUGGACUUGCCUUUUGGCAGAGUAUUUAGCCAGUAUCCAUGUCUCAUUCAGCAGCAGCUCCCCAUGCUUUUCAGUAAUCCAGAGGUAGGAUGUUCUCUGAGGAUUUACAGAGCAGUGAUUUACGUAGUGUGGCUUUCCAGGGUUUAAUCUCUUUGCAGCGUGCUUCCCAGUAGAAGCCAGGCUGAUGGACUGCCGCUGCCCCCAAUCCUCAGUCUUUGCUUCUCUCCUCCCCGUGCCCUUUCCUGUCCAUCUCUCUUAAUAGGGGGCAACUAGUCUGGGAGCCUGAUCCUGAAGACGUCUGCAGUGCUUGACGGUGUGCAGUUAACAGUGGGAUUAGUUGCCUGUUAAGGCCCUAAGGGUCUAUAGGGGAUCAGGGUAACAGGGGUUGCUUUGCUCCUUUUCUCCUACCAUGGACAUGGAGAGAGGCCUCUUUCAAAUGCACGUUGAAAUGGGUGGAAGAAAUCUAGAACAACCUUGCAGUUAAGUCACCGUUCAUUGAGGAGCGCCAGCUUUUUCUAAGGCCGGAUUUUGCUUUUGGCGUGGGCUUGCUGGAGUUAGCCAUGCACUUCUAAACUGGCAGUGACAGCAACAGAAAGGCUGGUGUUCAAAAUCCAGAAUGAUCCAUGUAGCCUUUCUUGAAGUGAGGGGCCGGGGGGUGGUGGGUACAUUAACUAAGAGAAUUUGUGUGGUCUUAUUUGGCUGGAAAUACUGCAAAGAUCAAGGUGCAACGUUUCACGCACCCUGACUUGCUAGCAGGGGACCUGGGACCCACAUCACUUCAUCUGGUCACUUGAGCAGCGUGUGAUGCUAACUAAACUGGGAGCCUUCUCCCCUGCUUUGCACCGCUGUAAAUGAGAACAGGGCAUGCAGAAUGAGGCCUAAAUACUUCCAUCACAUAACACCUCUUAACAUGGUCUUGUUUCCACUCGAUAGUUUCUGGCAUUGGAAUAAAGCCGUGUGUGGGGCUGGUUUGUGUUUUUGGUUGCGCUGAGCUGAAAGGCACACUAUCACCUGGUUAAUGGACACAUUUUUCUACCACUAUAUUUGGCUUUUUAAAUCGACAGUUGAGCUGGGUGUCACUUGUUGCUAAACAGGAAGGGAAAAUUCGUAUCUGCCACUAGAGCUGCACCAGUUUUAGGGCUCGAGAGACAAGCGAGUCUUUAUGCACAGGUUGUACUGCUAAAGGUUGACCGUGCACUGCCAAGCAUGGAGCUGGCACCUGGAUGUGACCCCAGCGCUCCCAGCUGAUGAAGGUCUACGCAGCAGUCAAAGCUGUGAUUGCGACUCACGUGACACUUACCUGAACUUAACUAGGUACUAAUUAGCAGGGAUCUAGCAGCGUGCAGCUCAGGAACCCGCCGGGAAGCUUGGGUGGGUCUCCUGGGCUCUGCUCCCUGCUGCAGCACCUCCACUCCUGCUAGGAACCGAGCGUAGGUAUUUCAGAGUUAGUUCAGGCAGGAGAUACCUUUCGACUGCCGGGCCUUGAGCAUGCACCCCUUUCUUUUGCCUCUGCAUUUCUUCUAGCUUUGGGAAAUGGGUAAGAAACAAAAUGUAGGUCACUGGGUUAAUUUUCCAGUGCAAUAGCUAAAUUUAGCAAAUUUUUUGGCGUUCGCUUCCAACACCAACAGCACACUUACGCCGAACUUGGCUCUUUUGCACUUGACUACAAAGUUUAGUCGCAGCACUUCUGUACAGUGAAUUUCUUGCUGUAAUUAAAACCUAUAGUUUUAACACAAGACUGCGUUGUUAAACUAUGCAGGAGAAAAGGGGCAUUCAAUGACACAAGCCACCUGCCUGUAAAGCUGCAGAGAAAAAAAGCCAUGAUGAGAAUCUUGCCUCUUCAGCACUGUGAGCUCACUAACGACAAUGACCACUGAAACAUGUAAAGCUUUAAUUAAAACUUCCUAAAAACUU